AUGAAGUCUUCCCGAAAGCUGCCUCAUGAGGCCAAGAUCAAGCCUCAGCUGACUGUAGAGUCUUUCUGGAAAUUGCCUUCUGAGAUCCGUGCAAUGAUCUUUGAGUACCUCGAGAAGAGGGAUCUUCACUUACUUGUGGUCAAAUGCAAACCAUUCUAUAAACUCGCAUUAUACCAUUUACGCAUGUUUUACGCUGUUGAAUGGAUUCACUCCGCCUGGCGAGACGAUGCUUUCUCAAGCGAAGUGAACAUGGUAGAACUGCAGAAGGCCCUAUCAUUUAUUGAACAAGUACCACUCUCCAAAGCCCAAACAAACCGACAAUUCCAGCAUAAGAUUACAAUACCAACAGUACCCGUCGACUAUAGCGGCAAGCCUAGCAAAGAAUCUAUUCAGGCCAGCUAUUCACUCCUCCAUCUAGCUGCAUCUUUCGGCCUUGAUGAUAUGGUUCGACUCUUAAUUAAAAGCGGUGCAGAGAAAGACAGCGAGAUCCUCUACUACUCACGUUAUGGCAUGGGGGAGCGUUUAUCGUGGAGUUAUACGCCGCUGUUCCUCGCCGAAGCAAACCAGCAAUGGCGUGUAGCAACACAGCUUAUUCAAGCGGGAGCAAAAAUUGGCCAAAGUAUCUUUUGGCCCAUAUUGCACAAUUCAGCCGCAGCAACCCGAGAAUUACUGGAGGCUCAGCCUACGGCAUGGGAUGUUGUGAACCCUGAUACGGGACAGACAGCUCUGUGGCAGGCAAUUGAAGUUCCGCAUACGGCGGAUGAUACGGGGGAUGUGGUCAAGAUACUACGGCUGUACAAAGCAGACGAGCGCCGUUGUCCUGCCUACCGUAGACGUCUAUUCAAGCUUGCGUUUGGGGACGGUCGUUUUCACAAUGCCUUUGAUUUGGUUGACUGGGCUGGGAGUAAAGGUGAUACGUUUUUGUCAUGGUACGAACCAGCCAACGCCGUUGGGGCUCAUCUCGAAAGUCGUAUUCGGCAGAAGGUGCAAGAGAAGUUUGGGCCGACUCAAGCGGUCGAGGAUUCCUGA